AUGAGGGAACGCAGGGAGACACUGGAUAACGAUCAACAUCUGAUUACGCAGGUGCAGGACAAACUACACGAGAUCGCCAACGACGUCAUGUACCACGGAACAUCCACUGCCAACGCAAUGUCGAUCAUGUCGCACGGCUUUGUCUCUAGCCACCACGGUCUGCUUGGCUACGGCGUCUACCUGGCCUCGGAAGAGAAAGCCGAGAACUUUGCCCGCGAUGCAAAGAAUCGCGGUAAAGGCGACGGCGCCACCAUUCUCAUGUGUUCCUACCAUGCACCGCGAAUAGCUAUCGCAGUGACAGCGGAGGAAGCCGAAGACGACUGGCAAGACAGCUACGACGCAAUGUGGGUGGGCUCCACCUCUCGCUCGACACGACCCGAGCUAUGCAUCGCCAAUGCUGCCAAUGUAGUUGUUAUUGGAUACAAAUACCUAGGCGAGACCGAAUAUCGUAAUCCACAUUGCUAG